AUGUCGGGAGUGGACGACACCGAUCUCAUCCAAUUUGCGGGCUCCUGCUCGCAGGCGCGAGACGCAGUGCAGUCCUAUCGCGACCGCGUGUAUGAUCUGUGUACGGCCCUCCAGAGGUACAUGACCAUCGAGCAAGCUCGUCAGCUGCGCCUUCGCAUGCGAGACAACAACGCUGUCAUCUCAGGCUCUUUUGCUCUCCGCUUCAUUGGCAGAUACGACUUCGAGGAGGGAGACUUAGACAUUUACGCCUUCGGAGGCGACAUAUUGCCGAUCGGUGACUUCCUUGCAUCGAUAGGAUACCUCUUCACACCGCGCGCGGUUCAAGAACCUCACUUCGACUCCGCCGUGUCUCGCGCGUGCGACGACAGCAUCACUCCUGAGGGGACGGUCGAUUCCACCAAGUCGUCUUCUGAUUACACCGAAGUCGAGACCUUCACGUUCAUGCGAGGAUCGGCGAAGAUUCAACUGAUGAUGUGUCGGUUGGGCGUGGCGGAAACCAUUCUCCAAUUCCAUAGCACUGUUGUCAUGAACAUGAUCACGCACGAUACAGCGUAUUCACUGUAUCCUCGCGCCACAUUCGUCGACAAACGCACUCUGAAAACCUGCAAAGGAGACACGAGGGAAUGUGAGGCGGUCGCUCUGGCUAAGUACGAGCAGCGAGGUUGGGAAGUGGUCGACAAAAUGUCUCCCAUCGACGCCCUUUCGCACAACACGGAAUUCGGGAAAGGCUUUCGGUACGUGGGGGACGAAAUGACGCGCAUCAUCAAGUUGAACAAUCCGGUCUCGUAUCCGGGAUCGUCAGACAAGAUAAAGUAUAACUCGUGGACGCUAAAGUAUAGCGAAGCUGUUCGACCUCGUCCGACUUCGAACGACCCAAUACCCCAUUGGUGGUUCAUGAAACCGCAGAUGGAAACGUGGACAGGUGUAGACGAGGAAUGGAAUAUCGACGCCUUUUGUUUUGCGUACCCGCACAUGGCAGAUCGCUUCACGGAGUCCGCCUCGUGUUCCAAGAUGCCCAUCAACCUGUGGACGACGACACGCGCAUCUACGGAGCUUAUGGCCAUCUGCCUUGACGUCGCUUCCAGGGCGUCCACACGCAGCGCCUUGGGUUGUUGA